CAGGGCUUUCCUGCUGCCACUAGAAAAGAAGCCGCUGGCAGUACGGGAAAUUGGGUGCAAACUACAACUCCCUUUAGUCUUUGCGCUCAAGGCGCGCUUGCUGCCCACGCCCCCGAAGCCACCUGUGUCUCUCGCAUGGCGAUGCCUCUUGGGAAUUGUAGUUCGAACUUGCAUUCUUUAGCACUAAAUCUCAUAGCCGCGGACUCGGUAUCCCUUGAUGCCCUGCGACUUUUUCUGACGCGACUAGGAGGACUGGGAAGGCAGGGGCGUGGCCUGCACUGGGCCACACCCCGCUCUCCUCCGGCUGGCCCGACGCGGCGGUGGCAGUAGGGGCGGCGGCAGUGGCGGGGGGGGAGGGGUCGGGCGGGGGGCUGGUGGCAGCGGCGGAUGGACUCGCGGGUAUCGGAGCUGUUCGGCGGCUGCUGCCGGCCCGGAGGAGGCCCGGCCAUGGGCGGAAACCUCAAAGCUCGGGGGGCCGGCGGUAGCAGCAGUUGCGGGGGCCCAAAGGGGAAGAAGAAGAACGGAAGGAACAGAGGCGGUAAAGCCAACAACCCUCCGUACCUGCCCCCAGAGGCUGAAGAUGGAAACAUCGAAUAUAAACUGAAGCUGGUGAACCCAUCUCAGUACCGCUUUGAGCACUUGGUGACACAAAUGAAGUGGCGGCUCCAGGAAGGACGCGGUGAGGCUGUCUACCAGAUUGGGGUAGAGGACAAUGGGCUGCUGGUGGGGCUGGCUGAGGAGGAGAUGCGGGCUUCCCUCAAGACCCUGCACCGGAUGGCAGAGAAGGUUGGGGCAGACAUCACUGUUCUUCGGGAGCGAGAGGUGGAUUAUGACAGUGACACGCCCCGGAAGAUCACUGAGGUGCUAGUACGAAAGGUCCCUGACAACCAACAGUUCCUAGAUCUCCGUGUGGCUGUCCUAGGGAAUGUGGACUCCGGGAAGUCAACCUUGCUUGGAGUCCUGACCCAAGGAGAGCUAGACAACGGGCGGGGCCGGGCCCGGCUCAACCUCUUCCGCCACCUGCAUGAGAUUCAGUCUGGCCGGACUUCCAGCAUCAGCUUUGAGAUCCUGGGCUUUAACAGCAAGGGAGAGGUGGUGAAUUACAGCGACUCACGGACUGCAGAAGAAAUCUGCGAGAGCAGCUCCAAGAUGAUCACCUUCAUCGACCUGGCCGGCCACCAUAAAUACCUGCACACCACCAUCUUUGGCCUCACCUCCUACUGCCCUGACUGUGCCCUGCUCCUUGUCAGCGCUAACACUGGAAUCGCCGGCACCACACGGGAACAUCUGGGGCUGGCCUUGGCCCUGAAAGUGCCCUUCUUCAUCGUGGUCAGUAAAGUGGACCUGUGUGCUAAGAGCACGGUGGAGAGGACAGUACGCCAGCUGGAGCGGGUCCUCAAGCAGCCUGGCUGCCACAAGGUCCCCAUGCUGGUCACCUCUGAGGAUGAUGCUGUCACUGCUGCCCAGCAGUUUGCCCAGUCACCCAAUGUCACCCCUAUAUUCACACUGUCCAGUGUGUCUGGAGAGAGUCUGGAUCUUCUUAAAGUCUUCCUGAAUAUCCUGCCACCACUCACCAACAGCAAAGAGCAGGAGGAGCUCAUGCAGCAGUUGACAGAAUUCCAGGUGGAUGAAAUCUAUACAGUCCCAGAGGUGGGGACUGUGGUUGGAGGAACACUAUCCAGUGGGAUCUGCCGAGAGGGGGACCAGCUGGUGGUAGGCCCAACAGAUGACGGCUGUUUCUUGGAGCUGAGAGUAUGCAGCAUCCAGCGCAACCGCUCUGCCUGUCGUGUUCUUCGAGCUGGUCAGGCUGCCACACUAGCCCUUGGAGACUUUGACCGAGCAUUGCUUCGCAAGGGCAUGGUGAUGGUGAGCCCCGAGAUGAAUCCCACCAUCUGCUCAGUGUUCGAGGCAGAGAUAGUCCUACUGUUCCAUGCCACCACAUUCCGGCGGGGAUUCCAGGUGACAGUACAUGUGGGCAACGUACGGCAAACAGCAGUGGUGGAAAAGAUCCAUGCAAAGGACAAGCUGCGGACAGGGGAGAAGGCAGUGGUCCGUUUCCGUUUCCUGAAACAUCCAGAAUACCUGAAGGUGGGCGCCAAACUGCUGUUCCGGGAGGGUGUUACCAAGGGCAUCGGUCAUGUCACGGAUGUACAAGCCAUCACAGCGGGAGAAGCCCAGGCCAGCAUGGGCUUCUGAGCCCUCAAAACAGCUCUACUGCUGUUCCUACAAUACAUGAGGUGACUUCGGCCAUGCUGCCCACUGUUGGCGGCUCUGUGUGUUACUAGGCUAGGGAGAGGAGUGCCUGCUGCCGCUUGCUUCCUGCCACAUUUCUGGAGAGGUGUCAAGUUUGGUGUGGCCAGGGAAGGGCAGUCCUGAGGGAGAAGACAAUUCAGGGCAGUGCUCAGCAGCUGGGCACCCCCCUGGUUGGUUCAUUAACCCUGGCAGCUGCAUGGUCUUGUCUACUGGAGGGAGCAGAACAUAGCCAUCUUGGCCCACUAUCAGGACUGGGCGUGACUCACCAGUGUGAUCUCUGCACUUCAGGAAUUGUCAACAACUGGGGUGGCCCUUGACAGCACUUCUUUUUUUAUACCUCCUCUCAAGGCCACGUAAGUUACCUAUGUCUACCUGACUAUGGAUAAGACACAGUGCUCCUAGCCAUCUGGUGGACCCAGGGACUGAAGAAAUGGCACAGAGACCGUGAAAGACUGUGCUCCUAUCCUGUGUUGAGUCCCGAUGCAUAUUCCUGCUUCAUUUCCCUCUCUCAAGGGGCGUUUCCCCAGAUCCUCCUGUCAUAGGCCCCACUUGGUGCUAUUUGUGGUGCUGGCUCAGGCGUGGGGCUGUCAGGCUAAGACUUGGCACACCAAAGGCCAGCUGCAUGUCAAUUUCUUCCCCUCCACAGUUAUGUUGGCUUCCGUACCAUAUCAAAUAGCAUGGUAGCCACAGGACCUGACCCAGUUUGUACAUCCUGGGAUCCCCAUCCCCAAUCCUGCUCUUAACAUAAAUUUUUUUCUUGUUUUAGUAAUUUGUAGUAGUGACCACCCCCUUCCCUCUGUUGCUGGGAACCAGGAGGAAAGGGGAAGGUGCCAUAUUUCCUAUUCUAGGCAUGGACUCCCUCCUUUCCCUUUGUUAGCAUCCUGGGUUCCCAUGAACUCAGGGAUUUGUUGAAGAUUCUCUGCAUAUAGAUAUAUAUAUAUGUAUAUAUAUUUAAAUACACAUAUAUAUUGUACAGAAUAAAAAUGUUUUAUUGGA